AUGGCAGCAAAAUCCGAUGGCGUGGGGGUCGUUACCGGUUUCGCCCAGCUGCACAACCUGGACGAGGUGCUCGGCGACGAGGAUGCGCUGGACAGCGCGGCCAUACACAUCUGCCACUGCUGCAGCUCGUCGUCGUGCUACUGGGGCUGCAGGAGCGCGUGUCUGCAGUCGCUGCUGGGAGACAGGGAUGCUGGAGGAUGGGGGCGGCCGCAGCAUCAGCACCAGACGGAGGAGCGCCUGUGGCUGGACUGCCUCUGGAUCGUCCUCGCGCUGCUCGUCCUCUUCUGGGACGUCGGCACGGACUUGUGGCUGGCCUUGGACUACUACUCCAAACGGGACUAUCUGUGGUUCGGGCUCACGCUGUUCUUCGUGCUGGUGCCGUCGGUGCUGGUCCAGAUUCUAAGCUUCAGGUGGUUCGUCCAGGAUUACACGGGCGGUGGUCUCGGGGCCAUGGAGGGGCUCAGCCGAAAAGCCACGGCGGAUCUGAGCUCGCGCAUCUACGGCAGGGACAGGUGCUGUGUGGUCUACAUUUGGAUCUGGCAUGCUUGUGUGCACAUCCUUCAGAUGGGACAAGUGUGGAGGUAUAUCCGUACAAUGUACCUGGGCAUCCAGAGUCGACGGCAGAAGGAACACAGGCGGCGCUUCUACUGGGCGAUGAUGUACGAGUAUGCUGACGUCAACAUGCUCCGGCUGCUGGAGACGUUUCUAGAGAGUGCCCCCCAACUGGUGCUACAACUCUGUAUAAUGAUCCAGAAGAACCGGGCCGAGACGCUGCAGUGUGUCUCCUCCGUUGCCUCCCUACUCUCACUGGCCUGGGUCCUGGCUUCGUACCACAAGCUCCUGCGUGACUCCAGAGAUGACAAAAAGAGCAUGAGCUACAGAGGCGCGCUGAUCCACAUCUUCUGGAGGCUUUUCACCAUAUCCUCACGGGUGCUCUCCUUCGCACUCUUUGCUUCCAUUUUCCACAUCUACUUCGGCAUCUUCGUGGUCGUGCACUGGUGCGCCAUGGCGUUCUGGAUAGUGCACGGCGGCACAGAUUUUUGCAUGUCCAAAUGGGAAGAGGUGCUCUUCAACAUGGUGGUGGGCAUUGUCUACAUCUUCUGCUGGUUCAACGUGAAGGAGGGCCGAACCCGGUACCGCAUGGUGAUCUACUACUUCGUGGUGCUUGCCGAGAAUACGGUGCUUACUUGCCUGUGGUACGCCUACCGAGACCCGGUCACCACUGACUCCUAUGCAGUGCUGGUGCUCUGCGGGGUUUACCUAACCUUCGCCUCAGGGGUGAUUUUCAUGGGCAUCUACUAUGGGUUCCUUCAUCCGAUGGGACCUAAAAUCAGGGUGCUAGCUAGCUCCUGUUGUGCCGAGCUUCUUUGGGGACUUCCGUUACCCCCGGAGGCCGAGCCCAUGGCGCCCACCCCUAGACCGCGAGUGUCCCAACCCACUCCCUCCCGGGCUUCCAUGGGGGCCUUUGGCCAGCAGGAUGACACCACAGCGGACACCUGCCUGCCCGUGUUUCAGGUGCGCUCACCCGAGCCCACCACUCCCUUGGGCCGCUACCGGCCGGAGGGACCUCUGAUCAAGAUCGACAUUCCCAGGAAACGCUACCCGGCCUGGGACGCGCACUUCGUGGACCGGCGCUUGCGAAGGACGAUAAACAUCCUGCAGUUCAUCACGCCCGCCACCGUCGGGAUCAGGUACAGGGACGGACCGCUGCUGUACGAGCUCCUGCAGUUCGAAUCGUCCCUGUGACGUCUGACGUCCACGUUUGGUUUCAGAUCUGCCACGUUCCGCAAAAUGCAUGCCAUUUUGGUUUCCGUACAAAUGAGUGUAAAAGAGUGUAAGCAUCAAGCAUUGCACAUUUUUCUUUUACAUCAAAAGCCUCCAGAAGAUGUGUAUAUAUUUUAUAUGUAUAUACUGUCUCUUUUUUACAAUAUCAGUUUAAAAAUGUGUCCUAAUGAAGGGAUAUGUAUGCGUCAUGGUGUUUACAGCCAGCAGAAACCAUUACAUUGGAAAAAUGGAGAUCGGUUGACCACAUCAACACCGCCUUGUGUUCUUAACAACUUUUAUUAAUCUACACUAGCUGAUCUUGAUAUUUCAGAGCUUGUUUUCACACUUGCGUUGAUCGAUAUGCUCAAGUUGGGGUUUAUAUACAAAAAGCACCUGCUAUAACCUAGAUUUUCCACUUGAUAUUUGCAUUGACAAUAGAAUCAAAAAACACUUAUUCUCAGUAAGAGUUGUCAAUUUGAGUAGGAAGUUCUACUAGCAAACUACAGUAGAGCGAUUUGGCGACCUCUAGUGAAUUAAUCGCUGUAUGCGCCCCUUUACACUGACCUCUGUAGGCGAGAAUCCACCUGCCAAGUGGCAUUCAUUGUCUGUUUGCCUUAAAAUCUAUAUUUAGUUUGUUAAAGUGUCUUGAUUAUUGUAUUCUUCGGUUAUUAAAGAAAUACCUCAUUGACUCCGUAUAGCACAGUUCAAAUCCAUUAAACCCUUUGCACAAUAAGCAUGGUUAAUAUUGCACUGAGAAUCAUGUUGGAUCUGUUUAGUGGGAAUUUAUAUUAAUAAUUAAAUAAUAAAAGCA